AUGAGAUUGGUGAGACCUGCCCCUAACCUUUCUGCCUCAUAUCAGACAAAGUUGUUGCCCAGCAUGUCUAUUCAUCUGAAAAAGGAAAUUAGGGAGAUGAUCCAGCAUCGAGCUUACACCCACAAAGUCGAUGUUUAUAGUUUUGGCAUCGUUUUGUGGGAACUCAUAACAGGGAUGCUUCCCUUCCAGAAAAUGACCGCUGUGCAGGCAGCUUUUGCUGUUGUCAACAAAGGUGUUCGUCCAGCAAUCCCCAAUGAUUGUUUGCCUGUCCUAAGUGAGAUCAUGACCCGCUGCUGGGAUGCUAACCCUGAUAAUAGGCCACCAUUCUCUCAAGUGGUCAGAAUGCUCGAGGUUGCAGAGACAGAGAUCAUGACAACUGUCAGAAAGGCCCGUUUUAGGUGCUGCAUAAGCCAACCGAUGACUACUGAUUAA